CUGGGAGGCGGAGCCAACUGUCGUAUCCUGGCCGACAGCAUGACGCGAGGACCCGUGGUGAGGCUGCCCUCUGCCUGCCAUGCUGCGGAGGUCAAGGCCUGGCUGGAGAGCACGGACGGCUUUCAGGCCAUCAGAGACGCCUUUGACAACACCAGCAGGUUUGCUCGGCUGCAGAAGCUGCUGGUCGGUCUGGCCGGGAGGAAUCUCUACAUUCGCUUCCAUUCCAAGACCGGGGAUGCAAUGGGGAUGAAUAUGAUCUCGAAGGGUACAGAGCAGGCUCUGAGCAUACUGCAGCAGCACUUCCCAGAUGUGCAGGUGAUAGCUGUGAGCGGGAACUUCUGCACCGACAAGAAACCUGCCGCCAUCAACUGGAUCGAAGGCCGGGGCAAGUCUGCCGUCUGUGAGGCCACCAUCCCCGCUAAAGUGGUCAGAGAGGUGUUGAAAACAACAACAGCAGCUCUGGUGGAGGUGAACAUCAGUAAGAACCUGGUGGGCUCAGCCAUGGCCGGAAGCAUCGGAGGAUUCAACGCACACGCAUCCAACCUGGUGGCUGCCAUCUACAUAGCCUGUGGACAGGAUCCAGCCCAGUCAGUGGGCAGCAGCAACUGCAUCACCCUGAUGGAAGCGUCAGGACCGACUGGGGAGGAUCUGUACAUCACCUGCACCAUGCCCUCCAUAGAGCUGGGGACUGUAGGGGGAGGAACCAGCCUGCCCCCCCAGCAAGCCUGCCUCCGGAUGCUGGGCGUGCAGGGCGCCAGUCUGGACUGUCCCGGGGAGAACGCGCGGCAGUUGGCGCGGGUAGUGUGUGCCACCGUGCUGGCUGGAGAGCUCUCACUGAUGUCUGCUCUGGCUGCAGGCCACCUGGUCAAGAGUCACAUGACACACAACAGAUCCAAAGUGAACCUACAGGAGCCAGGGACGUGCACAAAGAAAGCCUCCUGAGAGCCUCCUGCAUUGAGCCCAGGUCACAGGACAGAGCAGUACAUAUGGACAAUAUGGAAGAAAACAAUUAUUCAUUAUUCAUCGAAGCAGAGCUCAGCUGUCUUUCAAGGGCUUUCAACACAACACUGGAGUGUCUUUGGACCAAUCUUUUAUGCUGGAUAUGAUGCUAAUCAGACUCUUCAGUGGACAUAUUUCAUUUUCUGUAUCUGUGUGUGUUUAUGGGGCUGGCUUCUUUUAUUCCCACAUUUACAGUAAGAAUGCUGUCUAGCUGUUCUGCUUCAAAUGUUUCUGCUGUCCUGUUGCCAAAUGAAGCAGUGUGAAACAGACACAGGGAAUGUUUGUGACUGCUGAAUGUGCAUGGGAACACAUGACCACACUGAAUAUAAUGAAUCAUACAGUGUCACAGUUUUCAGCCCAUACAUUUCUGUGAACCAUACAGACAGAAUAACCAUAACAGACUCAACAAGGAAUGAAUAAGGGAACAUAUGAAUAAUUAAUUAUCUGGAUCCAAGAGGCACUCUUGGAUCCAGAUAAUUAAUGAUUGCACACCUCACUUAAGGCUGACUUCCUCUCACAACAGGUGGGGUCCCAAUCAAAGAAUCCUUUAAUCAUCAGCCCAUUCCUGUUGGGAUCAUACAUUCUAAUUACCAUAAGGAAACAAAUUCUCAACCCACCCGCAGUGCAUUUCCUGUCACAAAAAAAGGACUGAAGAACAGUGUUCUUAUGUGUGAUGCAAACCAUCGCAUUGUGUCUGCUUUGAUCAACAUCAGGGGUGUCCAAACUUGUUUUAGCUGAGGGCCACAUACAGAAAAAUAUUUUAAAAAUGCUGGACCACUACCGAG